AUGGUCUUUCUGCCACGACCUGCUCGCCGGCGGUUCAUCCUCGUGUUUGCUAGUCUCUUCAUCUCUCUCAGCGCCGCUUACCUCCUGCUACCCCCCGGCUCUCCAAUCAAGUUGUCUGUCACCUUCAAUACUUUUCGACUGUUGAAUUCGCUCCGCGUGUCAACCACGAACCGAGACGCAUGGUUGGACCAACGUCCUGCGCCUUACCCGCUAAGCCUACGCGAGGACGUCGGUUACAUUGUCAAGACGGGCUAUGGCACACGACACCGGGUACCUGCACUGAUCAACGCCUUCUCCCACAGCGGUGACCUUCUAGGCGAGGAAAACAGCAACUUUAUUGUCAUUGGCGAUUGGACGGCGACAAAUGAGACGGUUGAUGGGCUGCCUAGCGUGCACAAUGUUGUAAGUUUGAUGAUGGAGACCAGAGUUGGUCCGUCGCUACAAGACCAUCCCCGCUUCGGGAAGUACCGCUCUCUCCAAGAAGCCAUAGACUCCGCCGACGAGGACAAGGCGAGUGAGCUUGGACAGAGAUUUGGGUGGGAGUUGGACGCCUUGAAGAAGUGGUACGUUAUUCUUGACGACGAUACCUUCUUGAUCGGGCCUUCAUUGUAUCUUCUUCUAAGCCACUUGGAUCCCGCCAGGUCAUGGUACAUAGGCAAUGCGGUAGGCGAUUACAAGACUCGAUUUGCACAUGGAGGGUCUGGUAUCUUGCUCUCAGGAGACGCAGUGCGGCGAUUAUUCGAUCGCCCCGACAUCGUCGCCCAGUCAUAUAUCAACUCGCUCGACGAGACAUGGGGGGACCGACUGGUAGGGUUGACGCUGAUCAAACUGGGGAUAUAUCUCGACGAGCGGUAUAGCCACCAUUUCAACGGUGAGCCCCCCGAGAUGGCCCGAGUGCUGGGAGACCGCCUCUGCUCGCCCCUCGUAUCCCUCCACGGCCUCCGCAAGCCAGGGGCCAUGGAAAAAAUCGGCCAUGUACUCUCCGAGAGGAAGCAGCCCGUGGUCUGGGGUGAGCUGUGGCAGCUGUUUGCCAACACUUCACUCCAAAACGCUGGCAGCGAGCUGGUACGUCAGAUGCGGGACUACGUGGGGCCGACGGGCGACGAAACCACGGAAUGGGACGAGAUCGUAUCGGCAGACGCGUGCCGCCUCAAGUGCCGGAAUAGGAAGAGCUGCUUGGCGUGGACUUAUGAUAGAGAGACACGGGCAUGCCGCGCCAGUCCUUGGAUAGUCAUUGGAGACGAAAAAGCAGAGACGAGAGAGUCAGGGCUCGACUGGCAGGCGGUGGAGCCCCUGCUGCAACAAUGCGGUCGAGAAUCCAUGUAA